CGCUGAAUCCCCUCUAUACCCGCAUUCAUGUGACCGCCUUAGAGGGGCGGGGUUAUAAUGUGAUAAUUUAGAUGCUGCAGUGUAACCAACAAAGUGUCCAUGAUAACCGGCUGCAUCUGCUCUCCGCUGUGCUCUUCCGUCCUCUCGCCGCGUAUGUAAAAGAACCCAGCCUCGGACAUCAAAUUACAUUUGUAACGCUGAUGCCGCCAGAGAGGAUGGGACUGACUCAUGCCGCAUUCAUAUGAGGCUGAUGUAUGUGCCCACUGAGGAGACUACAGUCCUCAGGAGCCACCUAGCACCUCCUCUCCACCUCCACCACCAUCUUCUCUGUCUUUGUCAAGGGGCAUGCCUUCUGAACUCAGCCUCAGCAGGGAGAUGCUGACAGGACAGAGGCUCUGCCAGUCAAAGUCCCACCAGGACUCGGUCCUCUCUGCCCUCAACCAGCAAAGGAAAGACGGCCUGCUGUGUGACGUCACGCUGGUGGCCGGUGAGCAGAAGUUCCAUGCCCACAAAGCUGUCCUGGCAGCAUGCAGCGAUUACUUCAGGGCCAUGUUCAGCUUGUGCAUGGUGGAGAGUGAAGCAGACGAAGUGACUCUGCAAGGGGUGACCAGCGUUGGACUAAAGCACGCCUUAGACUUCGCCUACACUGGACAGAUUCUGCUGGAUCCGGCAGUGAUCCAGGAUGUCCUGUCUGCAGGCAGCCACCUUCAGCUUCUGGAGCUCCUCAGCCUCUGCUCCCACUACCUCAUCCAGCCAGUGCAGCGAAGAAAGGACAGGGGUGAUUUGGGCGUAUCUGGUGGUAUUCGAGAGGAGCCGAGCCGCAGCAAGAGUCUGGAUGAGCUGUAG